CGGAAAGAUCGUACGUACGGAGGGCAACGCAUUAGACUCCUCGAUGGUAUUACGGAGCACUUCUCGCAUCGACAGCUUGCUGCCCACCCGGAGAGAGACUUUUUCUGUGCAUUCUGGACACGAUGCAGACGGGCAAGCACGGUGUCAUUGUCUUGAAUCCUGGUAAAAGGCCAUCGCUGCAUCCUCGGAGUAAGUCAAAGCCAGAACCAGACGACCUACAAGAGCUACCGGAAAGCAAUGAUCCUGCAGUCAUCCGUAAGAUUGUGCGGCGGCAAGCAGCUUUGGCAUCGGCGGGACGACGCAAGGCCACCAUCGCAGCGACGCACCAGAAGCGCUCCAGCGCACAUCGUCGCCAGUAUGAGCCCUCCUCGGUCGCAGUGUCGGCGCAUGAGCCGAACACCAAGUACGGACAGAUCGAGGCCUCUCUCCCGCAAAUAACCAGUCCCGCUGCAUUCGCCAUCGCCUGUGGACAAUUCGACCCGUUUCGAACGCAACCGAUAGAUUUCGACUCAAUCAAAGACUCGAAUGUGCUAUUUUCACUUUUCAAGGUUUUCAUGGGCCAUGUCGCUCCCCUACUGGAUCUACGACUGCCCACGCAGGACGAUCGCCGCUACGGCCGCCAUUAUUCAUGGCAAAAAGAACUCCCGCAAAUGGCGCUGGCCAGCCCCGCAUGCUUUUGGUCCCUGAUGCUGGCGGCUGCUGCCCAGGUGGGCUCGAAGAUGGGCAGCGCCUCUUCGGCACAGAUCAUGGUACUGAAGUUCCGACACAUGGCGAUUAAAAGUAUCAACAAGAGGCUCGACGCCUCCUCGGCCGGCUUCCACAACGAUUUCGGCCUGCUGAUAGGGAUCGCGGUCCUGGGCAGUUGGGAGCACUGGUUUGGGUCGCGGGAAGCGUGUCAGGCACACUGUGACGGACUCCGACUGUUGCAGCCGCACUUCAAAGAUCACGAGCAACCACACGAUCUCAAGGGCCAGAUUAUGACCUUUGCCAACACCUUUGGCACCAAGACCGGCGUGGAACAGCCAGGGCCGACGUAUUCGCCGGAGCUUCCCAGGAUCGUCGAGCUGGAGGCGGAGACGAAUGCGGGAUUUGCAUGGACGGCAGGGAGGACGUAUUUGGAUCAGCGGUUGGUGCGCAGCUGUCAAGCGGUACUCAAGGUCGAGAAGAUGCCCCCUGGCCCCGACCGAGCACGGACUCUUCGGGAACUCGCCUCGACGGUGCUCAGCUUCAACACCAAGCCACGCCUGAAAGAUGUCCUCACCGAGUCGGACUACUGGUCGCGGGACAAGGACGGCGAGCGGAUCAACCUCGAAGUCCACAUCAUCCUGCAAGCUGCGGGAGUGAGUCUGGUGACAUUCCUGGCCAGUAGCGCGGAAGAGGCGGGGACAAAGGAUAUCGAUAUGUGUGGUAUGUGCGAGGAGGUGACGGAUCUGUCCCGAAGCGUCGUGUGUUUGCCGGUGUACGACCAAAUCCUGCUCUGGGCACUGGUGACCAUCUUUGCAUUGAGCGAUCAGGUGCCGGAGAACGGCCUCGAGGUGGUGGGGACAGUGAUGCAGCGACUCCAGGUGCAUCACUUGCCUUUCGAUGCGAUGGAAACGUACAUGGAAGCGUUCGUGUUCCUCGAGACCGCUCGCGAUAAGUACCGUCGACUGUUGGCCAUGGUCGCCAUCCCGCCAUCACCUGAUACAGAUCUGAAGCCCGCUCACGAGCCGAACCCGAAUUGCCAGACACAGUAAACAGUCUCAUAUCAGAAAAGAAGCCGCCGGCCAGACCGAGAGUAAGGUACAUGUAGUUACGCACGCAUCAGUCCAACGAGAAUGUCCGACACACACAAACACACACGCACGCACACACACAUACACGCACGCACGCACGCACGCACACGCACACGCACACGCACAUGAUGAGGAAAGCCUCCCGCGAGCACGCUCUGGCUUUUUUGUUGGUUUUCUUCUUCUUUACACCAAAAACAGCUGGAUAGUCACGGCAGAAUUCCAACAGCAAAUGUAUUCGCCUGGAGCGAUCGGGGUUCUUGCUGACACACGCGAUGAAUCAGGCUGUGCAUCCAUAAUUCGUCUUUUCUCUUCUGGCAGGUCAUGCACAUUACAACAUGAAAUUUCAGGUUUUCAACAAAA